CAGCUAUAGAACGGUUCUGGAUCUUAUUGUUGUUUUACAACCGUCUCUUUACAAAUGACAACUUGGGGCUUGAAAACCACAUAAACUAGCCCAUCAUGCUUUUGAAGUCAGGACUAUUCUUCACUUUGUGUGUGUUAACCCUCCAUGCAAGUCAAAUCAAAGACCUUCAAGACCCCAGUUUCUCUGGACUCAGGGAUGUGAAGUACAGACACUUUCUGCAAGCUUCUCGACCAAUCAGACACUCUGCACAUGUCAGAGCAGAGCGGAACGAACAUCGGACCAAAAGGUCAGCGCUGUUCACCACGGGGGUCAAAGUGUGUCCCCAGGAGACAAUGAAGGCUGUCAUCGGCAGCCAUCGGGCUUAUUACAAGCUCAGGGUUUGUCAGGAGGCCAUCUGGGAAGCGUUCCGAAUCUUCUUGGACCGGGUCCCGAACUCGGAGGAGUUCAGAGCGUGGGUUUACACCUGCCAGCACGAAAACCUCUGCAUGGACGAGCUGGCCCAGAACUUCAGCAGCACUCAGGAGCAUCUGGAGAUGGUGGCCAGAAGAGUGGCAGAGGAGGCUGAAUUUGAAGGAGUUGUCACUGGAACCCCAGAGCAUGGGAGGGAGUGUACCUGGACACCGCCUCUGAUUCUGCUUCCAACGGACGAUGACAUGAAUGCCAACAUGAUAAAAGAGAACAAUCAGGAGUACAUCGUGGAGUUCAGCGUCACCAUCGUGGACCCGGCGUACAGCGAGCUCCUCAGCGACCCCACGUCUCCGCAUUACAGCGACAUCACCCGAGAGCUCACAGACAAGAUGCUUCAUGUGUUUGAAAAAGUUCCAGGGUUCAAAGAGAUUCGUGUUCUGGGAUUUCGCACGGAGGAUGUGUCUAUGCGCUACGCUGUGGUCUUUAACGGAGAGACAGAGCUCAAUGAUGAUCCCGAGGGUCUUGAUGAGCCUGAACAGGAAACAGACGAAGACGUAAAUGCUCCUAAACUGAAAAGCAUCAUUAAGAAGGCUUUAAAACAGGAGCCGUCACUACCACUGGAUAUACAGACACUCAACUUUGAGGCUGUGACUACAAUUUAUCCAGUUGCUGAGCUCGGCAUCAACUCUGUUGAGAGCAUAGUACCAGAGGCCGACACAAAGACCCAGACAGAGGACAACACCCCAACUUAUGAUUUCUUCCCCCCAGUGACAGCGAUAGAACACUCUCUAGAAGCUUACACCAUCAAACCAGAAACACAAACCUUUGUGCCUUUCACCCCAAACACCCUCCAAGAAGCCAAUACUGCUGUCCCUGAUGAGAGCCCUCUGAUGGCCACAGUGGAGGAGGAGUCCGCAGCAGAUCCGUCUCAAGAGGCUGGAGACGUUUUAAUCCCAGAAACAAUAUUAGAAACUACCACAGAGCUGGAGGAAGCAGUACCAGAGGUGGAGGUGAUGCCACCAACUGAGCAAGACCAGGGAGGUGAGGCCGAACGUGAAGGACAGGUGACGGACGAACCAACUAAUGGUGUCAAGGAGGAGCAUCCGGAGCUACAGAAUGAAGACGGUCCCUUGGUAACUCCAGACUCUGACCCUGAAGAAGUGAUGAAGGAUAAUCCUGUUGAGGUUAACCUUGAUGUACCAGAGUCCUCAGUUCCUACAGAUACAGAGCUGUCUGGCACCGAGGCUAUAGUCCCAGUUCCCACACCACCUUCUCAUGAGGAUACAGCCCAAGGAAUUGAACCAGAAACAACUGUGGAGCCUUUGCCGCCUCCUGAUGAGAGUGGUGACGCCCCUGAAGACAUCGAUGGGUCGAACGGAGGGCACAGUGGAAUGACCCCAGUCUCAACGGACGUCCCUGAUGAGGGCUCAAACACUCAAGAGGAUGUAGGAACGAGUCAGAAGGGGACAGAGGCAGAUGGGACCGAGCCUCUGGGGGAAGAGAGCGGCAGUGGAUACCCCUCAGAGUCUGAUGAACGCCCGCAUGAAUCCACAGCCGCACCGGCCAUGAGACAAGCAAGCACCCCUCUAAUGACCACAGUGGACAGGAGCAAAGAGUUAGUGGUGUUCUUUAGCUUGAGGGUCACUAACAUGAUGUUUUCUGAUGACCUGUUCAACAAGAGCUCCCCGGAAUAUAAAUCUCUGGAGAAUACCUUUCUUGAGCUGACACAGCACUCUGGCUCCAGAGACUCGCCAAACCCUGGAGCUUCCAGUAAAUCUGGGCCUAGGAGACAGACGACUUUAGCCUCCAUACCGCUCCUUCCAUAUCUGGAGUCCAAUUUGACUGGAUUCAAGGAGCUGGAAAUCCUCAACUUUAGGAACGGCAGCGUCGUGGUGAACAGCAAGAUGAAACUGGACAAGCCGGUACCUUAUAAUGUCACAGAAGCUGUGCACUGUGUGCUCGAAGACUUCUGCAGCGCUGCAUCGAAGCGGCUUGACAUCAAAAUCGACAGCCGCUCCUUGGAAGUAGAGCCUGCUGACCAAGGAGACCCCUGUAAGUUCCUGGCCUGCAAUGAGUUUUCCCGCUGCGUGGUGAACAGUUGGACUGAUGAGGCGGAGUGUCUCUGCGAUCCAGGCUACCGCACCGUGGACGGCCUGCCGUGUCAGAGCACCUGCUCUCUGCAGCCGGACUAUUGUCUCAACGGAGGCCUGUGUGAAAUAAUCCCAGGACAUGGAGCCGCCUGCAGAUGUCCUGUAGGUAAAUACUGGCACUACCACGGAGAACGCUGCGAAGAGCUGGUGUCGAUGCCGGUGGACCCACCGCUAAUUAUCACCAGCCUCGUGGGAAGUCUCUGCCUUGUUUGUGGCGUCAUUGGCAUUUUGAUGUUCUUUAACAAGAAGUGCAUAAAGCCCAAAAAGGCUGUGACUUUGGUGCACACCCUUGCUCCCUAUGCCUUUGAGAAUACUUUGAGGGUGAACCCAGUGUUUGAGAAUGAUGAUGGUGUCUUAACUCAAGUGUCCACAUUGCCAUAUCCUUCAAGUUCUUCUGCUUCUUCCCAAUCCCAACAGUCUGAGCGAGAACAGUUUGUCUCUCUUGAGAAUAUACAUCUGAGUAUUGAGAUCCCCAGACAACUCUACACAACAAGAUCAGAAAAGUUAGUCUCAGAGAUUGUGGACUUACAUCACUGCAUACCACACAAUGAGACGUGGCAUCUGCCAAAUGAAUACCAAACAUGUUGUCUCUUUAGGCCAUCGAAUAACGAAUGUUUCGAAGAAUCUGUUCUUUGAUGACACGAGAAACAAGAGACUUGCGUUGCUGUUCAACUUUCAAUGGGAUUCAUGCACUGAUGCAGGUACAGUAGAGCAGGGAUUGAGAUUAUUUCUUCAUAGUGAUGAAAGUGUCUUUUUUUUUAGACAGAGCUAUGGAUGUUAAGGCGGACUUAGGUUGUCUUCAAGUGGAACCUAAUAUUUAUUUUAUAUAUUGUCUGGUAGGAACAUUUCCUGUAUACCCUUGGCAAAGGUUGUUCUUUCCUCACAAUGAGGUAUUUAUUAUUAUUUACAA